AUGUCUCACACGCCGAGACCUCAGAGCAGACAACGGGAUCCACCUCCCGCUCUUUUCCUUCAUCCUUCUCCUUCAGCCUCCAAUGCCUCUCUACCACCAAAUGGUCCACCGCCUAGUGUUCCCUUUCUGGGCCAGCCCAACCUGACGCCUGGCUACCGCUCAAAUGCUGAGCGUGCACCUUCUGUCCGUUCCGGCACCGUUCUCACUCCGAGCCCCCAGCGGCCUGGCCUCUUUCCCGCGGAAAGCACUCGAGCAACUGGUGACCGGACGGACCUCUUGUGGUCUGAGAUGCAAGCAACUCUCGAAGACGUUGAACUUUCAGCGUCUGGAGGAACUCACGUGUUUGGGCCUGAUCAUGACCGCAAGCUGGCCGAUCUAAGAGCUGCCCAGAUUGCACUCGCUCAAGCCUGGGCCAGGAGUGAAGCAGACGAUGUGAUAGAGACGGCGCAGCACGACCAUGCCUCCAUGGCCAGUGAAGAGGUUCGAAACUUGAAGGCAACGCUGGGCGACAACUCAAAGUCAGGCAUCGAUGGGACAGAUGGAGGGAAAAGCACAGUUGGAAGCAGCAGCAUCCCACGUCCUAAUAGUAGCGGGGCAGGAGUUGAGGGACUUGGUGACAAGCUGGAAGAAGAGACAGAGGUGGAUAUUCUCCUUGCACGAAAGAGGAGAGAAGCCAACGAUCGGUAUUUCCAGCGAGUCAACCAAGGAGUUAUUGACGUUGUCACCCGAUUGGAGGAUGUUGCUCUUGCCAUGAGGGCUGUUGAGCAAGAAAGCAAGGAGGUGUGGAAUGAAACUGAAGGUGUUCCCGGAGUCAUGGGAACAUAA